AUCAGCUCAUUAGUACAAACUCCAAAACCUCAGAUUGGUUUGUCAGAGAGACAAAAAAGCUACAGUGCAUGUCACAAUAUCUGAAGGCCAGGGUGUGCAGGCGGUGGGACAAACUGCAGGAAUAUUUAAAUUCCGCCGACAGCUACAGUAUCUGCGACGCAAAAGGGCUGGCGAUUGCGGAUACAACAGAGACCAAAGAUUUGGAAUUUUGGAAAACAUCGAGCUGGAAGGUAUACGCCAUCAGAACUGUAGACCUGGCCAAGCUCAAGACGGGAAGACUUGAAAGUGCUUCCAAAAAGAAAAGGGUGCACUCUGAAGAAAAUGAAGUUCUAGAUGGCCUGCUCGACGUUGAGCUUGAGAUAAAAAACUCUGCAUCAAGGCUAGCUGAAAACAUGGAUGAAAAAUUUAGCGAGCCAACCAUUUCAGUCGCCCACAUUAAGGCGAAUGUCCUACAGGUAGUGCAACAGAUUGAAGUGUUAGCGGAGAUGAAGGAGAAAAUUUCUGAAGUGUCAAGGUCACUAUCCGUUGCGUCCUCUCUGCGAGAUGCGGUAGCAUGCAAGAUGUGCACAAACAUGCCCAAUUCUGUGCUUGUUAUAACUGCAUGUUGUGGGCAGGUGGCAGGGUGUGGCCCCUGCAUCCAGACGCAUCUAAACGACAACGACAGCUGCCUUUUGUGUAAAGCAAAUAUGUUCGCAGGCAAACUGGUGUUUUUAAGAGGCCUGAGUGAGGUGCUAGCAAAACUGACGAAUGAAGCGACUUAAAUGGGGUCUGGCUGACCGUGUUUGGCUCAGAAGUUAAGAAAUAAUAUUGUUUUACAUAUUUUUAUAUGCAUUUGUUGUAUACCUUGCUUUGUUGUAUUUUGUUUAGAAUCUUGGGCACGGUGUUCAGGGGUUAGUACGGCAUCUGGCCGAGUAAUUUUUGUUUUUCUGUAUCACAUUUUUGUAUGUGUACUGUGUAGGGGUGUAAAUUCAUAACAGCCAGCUAAGUUUAUUUGUGUAGUCCAGUGCCACAUACAGUAUCUUAAUGGGCAUUACUGUUCCACAGCAGUUUAUGUUCCUGUUCCUGAAUAGGCCAUUUAAGAGAGACCCCCCAUUUUCUUCUAUACACUGUUGUUAUAUGAACCACAGCACAUUUUGGCUCUCCUAGCAGAAUAUGCUUGUCUAGGGUAAUUUCACUGUUAAAAACACCAUUCAUAGCACUGAUAGUGAUACAAGGUUUGUUGUAUAUCUUGUGGGGUAUUAUGAGAAACUAAAUUCUGAAUUUAACAAAUGUUAUAAAUGUUUUUAUUAUGGUAAUUAGCAAAUGUUAAAAUAAACCAGUUAAGCUUGCAAAUGGACUUAUGUCAUUAAUGCCAGUUACGUGUGACACUGACCCCACACUAAGUUCACGAUAGUCAUAGU